AUGCUUCUGAUGUAUCUGUUCCUCCCGUGGCGGCUCCGAGCCCGGUGCAGGGGCCUGUAAGUCCUCUUCUCUCUUCUGUUCUUGCACCAGUUUCUGAUUUUACUGCGAAAAAAAUAUUUAAUGGAGGUCAUAUGAUUCUGAUUUGGUUUCGUCAAUUGAUAAUAUGGUAAGGAAACAGUUUCCAAACUUGGGAUUUUUCUUGUUUCUAAGUACUGUUUACUACCUCCAUACAUGUCCUAGUUUAUGUGUAGCCUUCUGCACUUCUAUUCUUGUUGUUCUUGCACCAGUUUCGUUUCAUUCUGACAUAUACUUGGAAAGCAGACGAUUAAUGAUUCGUAUGUAUUAAGAGAGAUUGUUUCCAGAAUCAAAGUUGAAAAUUUUCCUCCAUGACAUGCUUUAAAUUUCAUUAAUCGUCAUGGUGAGGACUGGGGAGAACUAUCUGACCGGAGUCAACUCAACCCAUCAAGUUUGGCCGUCAGCCUUCUUCUCAUGCAUGGUUUUCGGUAGACAGAGACUACAGUCAUGGCCAUCCCAGAGAGCUUUCGUCUUGGAGCAGAGUAUAAGACUAUAAUUAGACUCGAACAUGUGCUGCCACAGACAAACUGGUCCUCAAGUCCCAGGAAAUGAUCGACAGGACAGCAAUGUUGCAACCAAUCAGUUCGGUUGUCAUCAUAUUGCCUGGUUCUUUCGGGGAAUUGCAUCUUGAUUCUUGCAUUGGGGUCAAAAGGAAGACAAAGCAUGUUGAGGAGAAUUAAAUGCCUAGUUUGCAAGCAUCAUUUUAUUUUUGUAGGGCAUCGGAUGAAUUUUGAAGCCAAUUGGGCACAUACUCAAAAUGCAGUAUUACUCUUCGAACACAACACCACCGAGGAUGCGAUACCAUUGCCAAGAGGGCGGGGAAAAAGAUACACGAAAUUACAGAGACUUGAACUCGGCCUGGGCAGAGCUCGAGCAGCUAUCAAGAAAGCAUUUCGGAACGCCGGUAAUAGAACGGCAUUACCCGACAAAGAUUAUGUUCCACAAGGGCCAUUAUACAGGAAUGCUUAUGCUUUUCACAGGAGUUAUUUGGAAAUGGAGAAGCUGUUCAAGGUGUAUGUGUAUGAAGAAGGUGAGCCGCCACUCUUCCAUGAUGGCCCCUGCAGGAGCAUAUACUCUUCGGAGGGAAGGUUCAUCAACAGCAUGGAAAUGGACUCCCGGUAUCGGACUAGGAACCCUGAUCUUGCUCAUGUCUUCUUUCUGCCGUUCAGCGUCGCCAAGAUGGUUAAAUUCAUAUACAAGCCCGAGUCCUUCGAUAUCUCCCCGAUCAAAAAGACCAUUGCUGAUUACAUCGAUGUCGUCGCCGAAAGAUAUCCUUACUGGAACAGGAGCCUGGGUGCAGAUCAUUUCAUGCUUUCCUGCCAUGAUUGGGGGCCUCAUUCUUCCAAAGCCGUGCCUAAUCUUUACGGCAACUCCGUUCGAGUCUUGUGCAAUGCAAACACGUCCGAAGGCUUCGAUCCUUCCAAGGACGUAUCGCUGCCAGAGAUCAACAUCAAGACCGACGUCAUGGCCGACAUGAUGGGAGGGCCAUCCGCCUCGCACCGCCCCAUCCUCGCGUUCUUCGCCGGUGGAGAUCAUGGCCCUGUCCGGCCGCUGCUUCUGGAGGCGUGGAAGGACAAAGACCCCGACGUCCAAGUCCACGAGUACCUCCCCAAGGGUGUGUCCUACUACGACACGAUGAGGAAGAGCAAGUACUGCUUGUGCCCGAGCGGGUACGAGGUGGCGAGCCCGAGAAUCGUGGAGGCCAUCUACCUCGGCUGUGUGCCGGUCACCAUCAACGACCACUACGUGCUGCCGUUCAGUGAUGUUCUCGACUGGAAGGCCUUCUCGGUGCAGAUCUCGGUGGAGGACAUCCCAAACAUCAAGAAGAUCCUGAUGGGCAUCUCUCCGACGCAGUACAUCAGGUUGCAGAGGAGAGGGGCGAUGGUGCAGAGGCAUUUCGUGGUGAACAGCCCUCCCAGGAGGUUUGACGUGUUCCAUAUGAUCCUUCACUCCAUAUGGCUUCGAAGGCUCAACAUCCGCAUGCAUCGUCCCCAGGUCUCUGAUUGAUCCCGGAGCCCUCCUCCUCCUGCUGCUUUGAUCGAUUGUUACCAUACAGCCAUUUUAAUUACAGUAUCCGUGAAUAUCACUCACUUACAGAAGUCUGAUUCUUUUUCUUUGGGUUUGUCCAUCUCUGGUUGUUGUUGAUGCAACCUGAAAUCGGCUGCUCUGCACCAGAAAUGAUGACAGUUUCUAACCAUUAAAAUUAUGAAAUCCACAUGGUUGUGGUGAUCAAUCCGUAAGACAGCUCUGUGUUUGCUGGUCUUUAAGAUUUUGUGGAAGAAAGUACUGCUGCUUCGAUGUUGUCCUCUGAAUUCUCCAUUAAAUCAAUAAAUAUAAAGUUCUGAUUCUUAUGUUUCA